AUGUCCCCCUUCGACGCGGCAGCCGGCAUUGUCUCGGACUCGACCGACACUUGGACCGGCACGACCCCACGCGCUCCCACAUCGACACCGGCGAUAGCUUCUCCUGCCCAGAAUCCGACACAUGCGACGUCGGGACCGGCAACGACGCCGACGCCAAACCCGAGAUCAGCUGCCCUGACCUCAAGAACAACACCCGGAGAGGCUGCUGUAGCGUCCCUAUCAUCACCACCAUCGCCUGUAAUUGAAGUGGUUAGUCAUACACCUGCCCCCGAUUCGGGGACCUCCUCAAGCACGGCCGUUUCGGUCAUUACAGUGCCGUCCACAUCAGCUGCAGGUCCCAGCUCGAGCUUAGGUCUUGGUGGAGCGCACGAACCUGCUUCUGCUGCAGCGAGUGCCAAUGCUUCGACGACGGUCGUGAUCACCGUCGGCUCCCACUCCAGUGACGGGGACGCGUCUUCGGGGCUCAUUGUCGUAACAAGCGACGACAGCGGGAUGGACACGGGAAGUAUCCUGAGCGUGGCGGCGGGCUCCAUUGCAGCCGUUUUGCUGGUCAUUGGCAUUUGUUGGUGGCUGUGCCGUCGCAGGAGAAGCAAACGGACUGCACGGUCGUCGUCGUUCGAGAUCCCAUACACUGCUGGACCCUUUCCGAUACCUGCCGCAGACCCCAUUACUUUGGAGAGCUACACGCCAUCGUCAGCCGCAGGCGCUGUUCAAGACCUCGACUUCAUUGACCGGACGGUCGAUCUCGACGGCACGGCAAACUUCGACUCGACCCUGCGGCUCGAGCACAGCGCAACGUCAGUCAUGACGAAGAAAUCGUCCAAGUCCAACUCGAGCUUAUCGGAGGACGAAGUCAUUACGGCCGCACGGAUUCCACUGGAGAAGCUCACUCGCAAGGAGCUCAUCAACGAAGGUGGUCACGGAGCAGUGUACAAAGGCUUGUACCGUGGCGAAGACGUGGCGAUCAAAGUGCUGCUGCCUGAGAAACGCAAAGACAUGCGUCAGAUCAACUUGUUUCUCGCCGAGAUCAAAAUGAUGGCCACUGUCGAGCAUCCGCACAUUGUGCGCUUCGUUGGCGUGGCGUGGGAUGCACUGAGCGACCUCUGUGCCGUCUCUGAGUUCAUGCCGGGCGGUGACUUGUUUGCGCUGCUGAGACGCUUUGACCGCGUCGAGCACCGCGUGCGAGGGUUUGACGUCGACAAGGCCACGAUCGCCCUUCACGUCGCCCAAGCACUGACGUACUUGCACUCGCUGGACCCCAUUGUGCUGCAUCGCGACCUCAAGUCCAUGAACGUCCUCCUGUCGGCCAAGCUCGAGGCCAAGCUCACGGACUUUGGCGUCUCGCGCAAGUACACGGCAAACACUAUGACCGCAGGCGUCGGCACGAGGCGCUGGAUGGCGCCCGAGGUCAUGAUGGGCAAGCGCUACAACACGAGCGCCGACAUCUUCUCCUUCGGUGUGGUGCUGUCCGAGCUCGACUCGCACCAGCCUCCGUACGCCAGUGCAAUUGCGACCAUCACGACAGAAUCCGGCGAAAAGGUCUCCGAGACAGCGCUGAUGGAGAUGGUGGUCAUGGGCCGCAUCCGAGUGGACUUCUCCUCGAACGCACCGACGGCGCUGGUGGAACUGGGACACGCCUGUGUGGCCGUAGACCCGACAGCGCGACCCAAUGCUGCCGACGUGCACUAUCAGCUGCAGAAACUCCUGCGCAAGUACCAGAAGUAUACGCUGUAG